CUGGAAUGCACUUCCAGUUCUUCACGUAUCUUUGACUUUGUCGGUUCCUCUGUUCCCUACCACCCCCACCACAUGCACACACCUCUGGCUGCCCAAGCCACAGGGUGGAGGAAACUGACUUUCCUGGAAUUGUCGGGAUAAAGCUUAUUUUUCCUGUUCGGAGGUGAAACAAGAGACGGCCUGAAACAGACAUUAGACACAACUACCAUCCCAGAAAUAAGCCAAUUAGAAUAGGAGAUUGUGUGUGUGUGUGAGUGCUGAGUAGUGGUGAACCGAUGCAAGCUGUUAUGCAGCUUUAGCCAAAGCUGUCUACAUGAGGCUCUGUGUCGAGCCUCUCGUCAAUUUUUCGAUUUGGGUCGCUGGGCUUGAUCAUCAGGAGAGAUGUCGCUGCUGCCUGGUCUCAGGAGGGAUUCGUUGAUAUCUGCCUGGCUCUCCUGGAUUUUGCUAAUGCCCUUCCCUAUUCGCUCCACCUAAAAAGGAUGGAAACCUUGGAGUCGGAGCUGACGUGCCCGAUCUGCCUGGAGCUGUUUGAGGACCCCUUGCUGCUGCCCUGUGCCCACAGUCUGUGUUUCAAUUGUGCUCGCCGCAUUCUGGUCUCGCAUUGCACUUCAGGUGAGCCAAGCGACUCCAUCUGCGCCUUCCAGUGCCCUACGUGCCGCUAUGCCAUCUCACUGAGCCCUCAGCGUGGCCUGGACGCACUUAAGCGCAACGUCACACUUCAGAACAUCAUCGACCGUGUCCAAAGGGCUUCGACUUCAGCCACUCUCCUUCUGUCCUCCAGCGGGCACAGUUCCCCAGGUGACAGCCCUCUCGGCGCCAUGACGACUGCCACUGCACCUUCCUCACCCACUGAGCUGGUGCAGUGCCAGUUUUGUGAGCAGGAACCCCCACAGUGUGCUGUGAAGACCUGCGUAACAUGUGAGGUGUCUUACUGCGAGGAGUGCCUGCGUGCCACCCACCCCAACAAGAAACCAUUUACUGGACAUCGCCUCAUUGAACCCAUGCCUGACUCGCACCUCAGAGGCCUGCAGUGCCUUGAACAUGAGGAGGAGAAAGUAAACAUGUACUGUGUCACAGAUGAGCAGCUUAUCUGCUCCCUCUGUAAGCUGGUGGGCCGCCAUCGUGACCACCAGGUGGCAGCGCUAAACGAGCGCUAUGAGAAACUAAAGCAAACUUUGGACUCCAACCUCAGCAAUUUGAUCAAGAGGAGCAAUGAGUUGGAAUCACUAAUGGGGAAGCUGAUUCAGACCUGUCAGCAUGUGGAGGUGAACGCAUCAAGACAGGAAGGAAAGCUGAUGGAAGAAUGCGACAUCUUGAUCAGCAUUAUUCAGGAAAGGAGACAGAUUAUUGGGGCCAAAAUCAAAGAGGGCAAGACGGUUCGACUGCGUAAACUAGCACAACAAGUCGCCAACUGCAAGCAGUGCAUCGAGCGCUCGUCUGCUCUCAUAACCCAAGCGGACCAUAUGCUAAAGGAAACUGACCAUGCUCGCUUCCUCCAGUCUGCCAAGAGCAUCUCAGAGCGGGUCUCCAUGGCUACAGCCUCCUCUCAGGUCCUGAUCCCUGAGAUUAAUCUGACAGACACGUUCGACACCUUUGCACUGGAUUUUACCAGAGAGAAGAAGAUGCUAGAAAGUCUUGAUUACCUAACAGCUCCCAGUUCUCCAGGUAUCCGAGAGGAGCUCUGCACAGCGUCCUAUGACACCAUAACUGUGCACUGGACAUCUGAUGAUGAGUUCUCAGUCGUUUCUUAUGAGCUUCAGUACACCAUCUUUACUGGCCAAUCAAAUAUUGUCAGUCUCUGUAACUCUGCUGACAGCUGGAUGAUUGUACCCAAUAUUAAGCAGAACCAUUACACCGUUCACGGUCUGCAGAGUGGCACCAAGUACAUCUUCAUAGUCAAGGCCAUUAAUCAGGCAGGAAGUCGCAGCAGUGAGCCGGGAACACUCAAAACCAACAGUCAGCCAUUCAAACUCGACCCAAAGUCUGCACACAGGAAGCUCAAAGUGUCCCAUGACAACCUGACAGUAGAGCGUGAUGAGAUAUCCUCAAAGAAGAGUCAUGGCCAAGAGCGCUUCAGCAGCCAAAGCAGCUACGGUGUCAUAGGAAACGUGUACAUAGACAGUGGACGCCAUUACUGGGAGGCUCUAAUUGGGAGCACCUGGUAUGCAGUGGGCAUAGCCUAUAAGUCAGCACCCAAGCAUGAGUGGAUUGGGAAGAACCCUUUUACGUGGGUGCUGUGCCGUUGCAACAAUUCCUGGGUGGUGCGUCACAACAGCAAAGAGAUGGCCAUUGACCCCUCACCACACCUGAGGCGAGUCGGCGUGCUCCUGGACUACGAUGUCGGCUCUCUGGCAUUCUAUGAUGCCGUGAGCUCUCAGCACCUCCACACUUUCCACAUCACCUUCACCCAGCCUGUUUGCCCUGUCUUUAAUGUCUGGAACAAAUGUCUUACAGUCCUAACCGGCCUUCCCAUCCCAGAUCAUCUGGAAAGAAUAGAGGCUUUUGACUGAGAUGUUUCUUUCAGUAUAAAAGAGAAGACCCGGUUGUGCUUACAGUAGGUUUGCUUUCAGCUCUGGCAUGUUUCCAAUUUUUUUUUUAAGCAUGCACAAAAUGUUUUGACAGAAAUUCCAUCUUUAUAUAGAAACUAAGAACUUUGAUUAGCUUGAAAGACAAAUAAUUUUUUACCUUUGCUGUGAGUAUAUAGUGCAAGCAGAAGAAUUUUAAGACCACAAGAAUUUGAUAUCAGGUAUUUUUGAGGGUUUUUGCACAUGUCUAUAUGAUGUCUAUAUUUAUGAAAAAGGGGAAAGAUCACAUUAUAGUCUUAAAAUUUGGUGCAAUUACAUGAUUUGGUUGCUUGGUGCAAUCUCACUUGAUAUGCAGAUACAAACAUAGUGAGCAAUGGACUAUUUUUUGAACUGAAAAAGGACAUUUCAGCAUUGCAGCCGGACUGAAUACAUAGACAUUUUCUUUUUUAGGUCAAAUGAAUGCUCGUCUUUUGCCUAAUUAUGGCUGUUGUGGUGUUUUUUUUUUUUUAACAUUUGUUGUUCUUUUUUUUUUUUUUACAUAUACUGGUCUGUUUUAUGUUUUUGAACACACUAGCAGUAAAUCCUACACAACUGUAUUUUACAUACACAAUCCUAUGUUGUGUGCUCACAGAAACAAUUGUACAAUGUGUACUGUACUUGCAUUUCAGGAUGGUCAUUUGUUUUUGUCUGUCCUUUUUAGUGUUUCAUUAGCAAUCGUGGCACUAUGUUUGCUUACUGCUCUAACAUUAGCAUUAGCUCAUUAAGUCAAUAUUAAAUCAAAAACUCUUCUUGAACAGAUUCCUACAUUUCUACAUCGAAAUACAUGGAAAUAACACACCUGUUAGUGUAAAUUAUUAUUAAAUCUAUUAGUUUUGUGUGAAGAUUUUAAAAGGUGGAGGACUUCAAGACUAUAUUGAGGUUUAAACAUGUCUAUAUAUGAUAAUUUGGCAGUUUUAUACUCUCUGUGUAUAGAAAUCAUCUGCUUCCACUUGCAGAGGGUAAAAUGUUUGCGGUGUUGUUUUACGGCACUUUAUCACAGCAUUCUUUAACAGGGUUUUAAAAAAUGCAUUAGCCACGUGUUGGUGUCAUGUUUUCCGCUUCAUUUGACAAAACGAAAAACCAAGGAUUUGUUAACGAGCAUUAAUCCAGACUACUGACUCGCAGUGAAACUGCCACCGAAAAUCCUAUCAGACUGGAAAAAAGGGAAGCACUUUCACAGAAAUGGAAAACACUAUGGGUUAGUUAAUCGCAGCUUUGUGUGGCCAAAACAAAUAUGCUCAACUUGCGCCUGAAAUUAACAUUCGAUGCUGUGGCUCAUCACGGAAUCCAAGCCUGGAAGCACCUUCUAAAUGUGUGAAGCACCACCUGCAGCUUAAAUGCUGGUAAAACUGGUCAACCAUAGCGCUGUCUAAAACUCUGGACUAUAAAUAAUAUGCUUAUGAAGUAAGGUUAAAUAAAGAGCCACACUAUACAGUGUGUGAAGCAUU